AUGGCUCUUCUCGGGGUUCUAAGCUCUCAGAAUACUGCGACACUUGCCGCGGGCAUGUUCUCGUACUAUGUUUGCAUCUACGCACUUCAUAGACUCAUGAAACAUGCCUUCCGAGACUUUUACCAGCCUUUGCUCAGACAGAAUGGUGUGCGCAGGGCACUGCGACUACCUGUCUUCAUCAUGGGCAUCCUCGCAACCCUGACCACCGCUCCCGUCUGCGGCCGCGCUUUCCUCUCCGAGGGCUCCCCGGCCGGUCCGUUGACGCCCGACUCCCACAUAUGCAUCGGGACGCGGCUCGUGCUGUGGACGGCCGAGUUACCCCUGCUCGGCAGUACGCGCUUCUACUUGGUACACCAUCUGCUGUCCCUCGCGGGUGUCUGCGUCGUCCUCGCCAACAAGCUGGACGUGGCGCCCAUCAACCUGAUCCUCGCCGGCCUCGUCACCGAGCUCUUCUCCAGCACGCGGGCCUUCCUCCGCGAGGCCGGCCUGGACCGCUCCCGCCCGGGCCUGCUCGCCCGCGUCACCGGCUGCAACGCCCUCUCCGUGCUGGCUCUUCGGGGUUUGCCGGCCGCGUACCUGCUGCUGCAGGGCCGGAUGCUCCGGCCGGCGCUGCGCAGCCGUAUUGGCCUGGCGUAUCUGUGCGCCGUCGCGCUCUACGCGGCGUUUGCAGGCUACAUGGCUUACGGGCUGCUCGCCGGGCUCGGGCGGGUGUCGUUCUGGCCGGCGCGGCCGGCGAGCUUCGUCGUCAGGGUGGGAAGGAAGGAGCGGAACGUCUCGGUGUAUAGCGUGUUUUUGGGGAUGGCGAUCGCGGCGGUUGAGGUGUCGGCGGCGGCGCUCUACGAGUUGACAAUCGGAGAGUCGCUGGCGCCGGGGCAGCUGAGCAGCCUGGCCGCCGUCGGCCUCGGAAGUGUGGUCAGCGGGCUUGUUGGAGCUAAGGCUAUGAAUACGGCGCUGUCUGUCCGAGGCAUGUCGAUGAAGGAGGAGGAGGAGACGGCCGCGCCGUCAUCGCCAUGCUCGCCUGUGUCGUCUCGGCUGUUCCCGGGUUACAAGGGCUUGUCAAUCCAAGGCGCGAUCCUUUUCUCUGCCAUGUGGUUGCAUAUCUACCCACUUGUCGGCUUCAACGUGAAUCAAAGGCUCCUCUUCAGCGCGGUCGGGAUGAGUCUCCCCCUCGGAGAGGCAGUCGGACGCGUCGGCUGCUACUUUGCUGGGUGCUGCGGCUCGACGCGGGGGAGAAAGUACCCCGCCAUCCAACUCCUAGCCGCCGUGCUGAACCUGGGAUUCUUCUUCUUUGGUUUGAUGGAACUUGGGAGGCGCGGCGUGUCGGCCGUGGGCGAGCUUGGUCUCGCAGCUGUCGUCGCCAACGGAGCCGUGCGUCUGGUACUCAACCCGCUGCGGAGCGACACCGGCGAGACGAUGCUCAGUCCCGCGAGCGUGUUUGCCUGGGUACAGGUGUUAGGAUCCUUGUCUCUCCUGGCGCUGGAGAGCGCGGAGGGAGCCGCGGAUCUCGGGGAGUCGGCCGUGGCUGCCCUCGGGACGACCUGCAGCAGCCUGCUCGCUUGCCGCAUUGCCUCCUUCGGCUGGAAGAUGGCAGCGGCGGAGCUCGGGAAAUGGAACUUGACAAAGUAUAGCCGGCCGGAAAAUCUCGUCUACGCAUGCCUGCGGCAGGUCCCGUUCGAGAGGCUCAACGCCAUCCUGAACGGGACGGUCGGCACGUCGCUGUACAACUUCUGGCCGGCGGUGGACGGCGACCUGCUCCAGGACGCGGGCAGCGCCCAGCUGGACGGCGGUGCGUUCGUCAAAGUGCCCGUCAUCUCCGGCACCAACAAAGACGAGGGGACCACCUUCAUCCCCGUCGGGAUCAACACCACCGCUCAGUUCCGUGACUUUCUCAUCGUUGGGAAGUUUGGAUUCCACACCCCCGCAUCCGUCGCCGACAAGUUCCUGCAGCUGGUACCCCGACGACCCGUCACAGGGCAUCCCCGCCUUCCUGGGCGCCCGGCGCGUGCCCUACAAGGGAUACCAGUGGCGCCGGACGUCGGCGCUCAUCGGCGACUUCGCGAUGCACGCGAACCGCCGGCGGCAGUGCGAGGCGUGGGGCGCGGACGGCGACGCCGGCGUACUGCUACCGCUUCGACGUGCGGUCCGGCAACGUGCCGGUGGUCAUGGGGCGCUUCGCACUUUGAGGAGGAGGCGUUUGUCUUCAACAACGUCACGGGGCAGCGGUACCACCAUGAGAAGCCGUUCGACGGCAUGCCGGAGACGUACGUGCAGCUCAGCGAGGUGAUGGCGAGCAUGUGGGCGUCGUUCGUCCACGACUUGGAUCCGAAUACGGGUUCAGAGAGGGCACCGCUCUGGGAGGCGCAUGCGGAGGGUGAGCCGACGGAUUUGCUGUUCAGCGGCAACGCGAGCAGUUACGUGGAGGCGGAUACCUGGCGCACUGCUGCGCUUUCGGCCUUGCGCAAUGUCCGAGGUGGCGAGGCGCAUCCGCUCCGGGGGCCGCUUCCGGGCUCGGCCUUCGGACAAGCUGCCACGGCGGCGGGCGGGCAAGCCUGCAAGCCGCAGCAGAUGUGA